AUGUUUUUUAAAAAAUAUAUAUAUUUAACAAAAUUAUUUUUUAUACUAAAUAGAUUAAGUAAAAAAAAAUUAUACUUUACUCAUAAUUUUUUUAAAAAAAAUUAUUCAAAAUAUUUUUUCAAACAAAUAUUUAAUAAUUAUUUUAUUUUUUAUUUUUUUUCUUUUAAUUUUUCAAAAAUACAAUUACAAACAAAUUUUGGUAUUUGUAUUAAAAAAAAAUUUAAAAAUAACCUAUUAAAUUUAAAUUUUAUUAGAUUUAAGAAAAAAAAUUAUAUUUUUUAUAAUUUUUACAUAAAUUUUUUACAUUUUAAUUUAUAA